AUGGCAGCCUCGACAGCACCGGUAAUCGUCAACGCAGCCGCCCAGCUCGAGAUCGACGUCGACACGCUCGACAUCGCUCUCACCCAGCAACUCGGAUCGCUUGGCGUCCAGGCCAACGACAUGACCUCGAACCAGUUCAUCGUCGCCGAUGCGCUUGCACUUGCCGCUAACGCACGUCUGCUCGAACAGGUGAUCCGCGCAAGCGCCGGUGCAGACUGGCGCACGGUGCUUGAUCGGAUCAGCGUCAGACUGUGCUCUCUCAACCUUGGCAACAUCGCCGGUCGGGCUCUGCUGCAGGCGUCGCCCUCGUAUGCGUACAACACGGAAGCGAUCGUGGCUCAUGCUUUGACGUAUGCAAACGAGUUUGCUGCCCUCGGUGUUUCGAAAGAUAGGUUUUGUAUCAAGAUUCUGAGCACUGGACCUGGUAUGCUUGCUGCGCGGAUUCUGGAGAAGGAGCAUGCCAUCCGCACACUGGCAACUGCACUCUUCUCGGUGCCACAGGCACUGGCCGCUGCUCAGGCUGGCUGCCUUUACAUCUCGCCAUACUACAACGAGAUCCUGGCUCACUUUGCUCCGCCCGAGAAGCAAGUCGUUUAUGAGCAUCCGGAAAGGCAACACCCCAUGUCGGCUCGCAUGGCUCACAUCUACCAAGCCUACCGCCAGCUCACCCUCGACACACCUGGCACGCAGCCGCCGGUGAUCAAAGCUGCCUCGUUCAUCGCGCUCAAUGAGGUUUUGGCCAUGCCGGCAUUGGGUGCGCAGCAGGCAACCAUCCUGGCGCCAACACUGGCACAGAUGUGUGCGCUUGCUGCUCCCGUGCCUACAGGCAACGUCUAUCGCCCAAGCAAGACAUACGCGCUCGAGCUACCGGAGGCUACCAAACCCCUCUUGAACCUCGAUCCACUCAGAGCGGAUGGCAAGGCACAGAACUUCAACGUAGGCCGUGUCGAUUACUUGGCCAACGGAGCUGAAGAGUUGCACAACGCGAUUGCCGAAGACGCCGAGACCAAGAGGAGGAUCGAUGAUGCGGUCCAGGUGUUUGUCAAGGCCGAGUUGCAGGCCAAGGCGAUCAUUGUGGCCGCCAUGGCUAAGAUCGAUGGGGCCGCAGCUUGA